UAAACAUGAAAAAAGGGCUAGUUUUAGCCUUUCCUUUGUAAAUAUAACAUGGCUGAGAAGUUUCUCUGAAGCAUCCAGUUAAUUGAUUUGAAUUAGCAUUUAAAAGAAACAGGAAGUCCCUCCUGUCUGGCACACAGAAGCUCAUGACUGUGUGUGCAUUGACCCUCUGUAAUAAACGCGUGUAACCCAUAAGGUCAAUAAAUUCCUCGCUACACUAUAACUACUGCUUACUCAACAUCCAGCCACAUAAAGUGGCCUGUUGUUUUUGAUGAGUCAGCGAGACUAUCCCACAGUUCGGACGAGGAAUGAAACUGGGAUUAAAGCGGCUCUAACUUGAAGUAAGUAAACUUACCAGAAUCCGUCAGGAUGAUGUCCUUGUAUUUAUUUCUCAUUGUGGCUACCAAUGAACUUAUUUCCUGUGUGUUAACAGGUGUUCACUUAAAAAAAAACAACAACAAAAAAAGCAGUCGGAUGGCUGACCCGUUUGUUCCAGUCCAUUUAGCUAUCAACUGGUUCAUAGUGAACAGCUCCAGUUUGAACAGAGGGGCUUCUCCGCUCACUGUAGAUGAGGCCUGCAGGAGACCCAGAGGAGAGCAGAGUGACAGGCCAGGGUACACCGAGGAAGAGGAGACACCCGUCAGCGCAACUCUGCUGGGUUAUGAGAUUCUGAAGGAGAGGGAAAAGUUCACGGUUUAUAAGAUUCUUAUAAAGAGGCCUGAAGGAGGCAGCUGGUUGAUCUUCAGAAGAUACGCAGACUUCUGCAUACUCAGAGAUCAGCUCAGAGAGCUGUUUCCCGGUUUCCAUCAAGCGCUGCCUCCUAAACGACGAUUCAAAGACAACUAUGAUGGAAGUUUUCUAGAGAAGAGGCGUUUCGGACUGCAGACUUUUCUGGAGAAUCUGAUGUUGCACAAAGAUAUUAGCACAAGCGAACCUGUGAGAUAUUUUCUCUCCGUGGACGACCCAUCGAGUCCCUUUUACAGUACGGAGGAAAGCAGGGCAUUUCGUGAAACUCUGGAGCAAAAGAAUCAUCGUCUCCUCAGAGAACUCCUGGAAAAACAGAGAGAAGCUGACUCGUUAACCAAGUCUUUAGAGGAUAGAGAGAACUACAUCGACCUGCUGUGGAGGAAAGGCAGGGCUUUGAACGAUCCAGAUUUGGAAUUCCAUCUACACAAAAAGGAAGACACAAAUGUGAAUGAACAGAUGCACAAUCUGGGAAUUCUCAGAAUGACAAAGGAAGUCAGGGAAGAAUUAAAUCAAGACACAAACUGGAACUAGAAGCUUUUUAUCCUGAAAUCAGCAGUAAAGAAAAAAAAAGAAACAGUUAUAAAAGAAAAUGUAUUGAAAUAGUCUUUUUUUUUUUGUUAAUGUUCUUGAUGUGCUGAAGCUUAAAUGUUUUUUUUUCUUUCUGUACCACUGAUGAACAAUAAAGUCAGGGCGCAGCAGCAGUAAUGUGUGAUUUACCUGGGAUUUUUAAAAAGUGAGAUUCUGUGCAAAGAUUGUGAACAGUAAAUAUAUUACUUGCAGUAGGUCAAGUCUACAAAGAUGGAAACUUUACUAUUUUUAUCACCUUUACAUAUCUUAAAAAGACUUGGAUUUCAGAGUGGAUGACAUGAAAAAAGGAUUUUAUGUAGAUUUCCCUACAGAAAUGCAGAUUUCCGAAAGAAACUAACAGAACUAUAAAAGCUAUAUAUAUCCCAAAUUGAAGCUAAAUGCUGUUAUUAAGUAUUUUCAAGAGUUGUUAUGAAUAGUAAUGCUUGUGGGCAGGAUGGAUUUCCAGUGGCAGUCAGUCUUGCGUUGAAUUUGAAUAAGCCUCUGACUGAAGAAAGUCUCAUGACUGUCAUGACAUGCUAACAGCUGGAGGUCAACUCCAGGUCCAGGAAUAUCCGUCCAAAAGUGCUGGACCUCGAUCAAAUAAAGAUGAACUAAGGCUCUUCAGGAGGAACAAAUCAGAACCAUCAUAACAGAGCUACUCCAUGUUGCCACGACGAG